AUGAAGCCUCAGGCCUCUGCCAGCGAUUCAGACCUCAACGCUCGCUCAAACACGCACGAGCAGCGCUGCAGUGCCGCCGUGCUUAGCAGGUGUAACAGAUGUCUGCGAGCUGAGGCCUGCGAGGUGUUCCCGCAGAUCAGAGACGACGACGCCGCCGCCGCCGCCGCUGUGUCUGAUUACUUGUCUGCCGUCAUGGAGCUCUGCUCUCUGCGUCGAUCUCUUUCUCUGCUUCUCCCCAGAGCAGCCACGGGGGACCGCCGCUGCCUCGCUCGCUCUUUGUUUAGGGACACCACACAAAGGAUGAGAUCCGCUCCGUUUCCAACCCCUGCAGAAUUGGACGCAUAUGCUAAGAAGGUUGCCAACAACCCCCUCACCAUCAAGAUCUUCCCCAACAGCGUCAAGGUCCCCCAGAGAAACCACGUGCGCCGUACGGUCAACGGGCUGGAUACGUCGGGCCAGCGCUACAGCCCGUACCCCUCCUCUCAGGCCAGCGCCAAGACGGGCCUCCUCGCCAUCAUCAAGGUGCCCACGGUCAAAGGCAUCCUCAAAGAUUUCGACGGCAGCCGCGCUCGCUUGCACCCAGAAGUCAUCAUGAACCCCCCCGCCGGACCGUACCAAGUGGCUUCGACCAGCACUUUAAACCACCACCCACCUCUGCCGAACCUCCGGCUGCCGCAGAGCGUCCCGCUUCAACCGCAGGACCCACCUCAGACUCUACACAUGCCCCUCCCCCCGCAGCAGGGUCACACCCACAGCCUCAGACACCCUCCCCCGAUGGCCCCGCACCCUCAGGGCCCGCCCAGACUCCAGACUCUGUCUCAGCACCCCGCCCUCGGCCACCCGCAGGGGCCCCCCGCCGUCAUGCUGCAGCAGCAGCACCUCCAGCAGCAGCCGCCGCCCAGGAAGCUGCCGGACGGCGACGCACCGCCUAAUGUUACCGUCUCUACCUCAACCAUUCCGCUCUCCAUGGCCGCCGGGCUGCACCAGGGCCGCCAGGCCGACCUGAGCACCAUCGUGCAUCAGAUCAACCAGUUCUGCCAAGCUCGGGCGCAGGGCGCGGGCGCCACCUCCAUGUGCGAGGGCCAGAUCGCCAACCCCAGCCCCAUCAGUCGCAACCUGCUCAUCAGCGCCUGCUCCAGGGUGUCCAUGCACAGCAACCCCGCCACCCCCGGCUUCCCCCCGCCCAACUGCAUCAUCGGCCCUCAAGAGAAAGCCGCGGUCCCGGCGGGAGCCCACCCGCCGCACAGCGUGGCGAUCAUGAACCACUUGCCUUCCAACCACACUGAUCUCAAGCAGCAGCAGCAGCAGCUGCAGCAGCUGCAGCAGCUGCACCAACAGCAGCUGCAGCACAACGUGCAGCAGCAGCAGAAGAUGCGCUCUUGGAAUCAGCACCAGUUGGGCCCCCACGUUCAGAACGGAGGGGCCCACCUCUGCAAGCAGCCCUCCAGGGACCCCGCCUUCCAUUUUAAGGGCAUGGGCUACCCUGCAGAGGUGUGUGUGGGUCAGCCUUACACACUGAAACCUCCCGUAGAGAGGCCCACCCCGAGUCCCCCCGUCAACAGCGGCAUGCCGGGCCCCGUGGCCCACUACACCAACGGCCACUACUUCCAGCCCCACAUGUGGAACAGCAGCAUCCUCCCCACACCCAACAGCGACAGCUCCGGCUCUCAGGACAUAGCCAUGCCAUUCCACGGCGCGGGCCCAGGGGGGUGCACCGCGCUGGACUGUGGCGGGCCCCCCGGGGCCCCCCAUUACAGGCUAGGAGCGAGCUCCUCCACCUCCUCCUCCUCCUCCGCCCAGACUAAUCUGAUGCAAACGGCAGAUUACUUGGGUGGGGACUUCCAGACGCCCUACUUCCGCGAUCAGAAUCUAGGGUUGAUGGGCAAGAUGCACAGGCCUCCUCUGAGCAGGGGGGGUCCGGAGGUCGGGGACGGCAGAACCGCUCUCAUCCAGCACCCAGGGUACAGAUAAGCUAUGGCCUUGUCUCCGCACGCUGGAAAAUCCGACACGUUGAUCUGACUUCAAACAAUCCAGGAAACUGAUUACCUAAAAACAGGAAAGUAAAUAUAACCAUAAAUCUUAAUUUAAGUUUACUUUAUAUCUAAAUGUGAAGUUCAGGGUUCCCACCGUCAUGGAAAACCUGGAAAAGUCAUGGAGUUUCACAAUCACAUUUUCCAGGCCUGGAAAAGUCAUGGAACUUUUAAAAAUCCCUGACAGUUGUGGAAAAAUCAUGGGAGAGGUUUUUGUGUUAUGAUUUUUUUUUUUUGUGUAGCUAACGACAUUAUGAAGCGUUAACGUGUCGACGUGUGACAAAAUUUUAGG